AUGGGUAUUUCUCGUGAUUCUCGUCAUAAGCGCUCUGCUACAGGCGCAAAACGUGCACAUUAUCGUAAGAAGCGGAAGUUUGAAUUAGGGCGUCAGCCAGCAAAUACACGGAUUGGCCCCAAAAGGAUCCGCCUUGUGCGUGUUCGUGGCGGGAAUCGCAAAUUUCGUGCUCUACGACUUGAUUCUGGCAAUUUUUCGUGGGGUUCUGAAGCUAUUUCUAGGAAAACUCGUAUUAUUCAAGUUGUUUAUCAUCCAUCUAAUAAUGAACUUGUUCGUACAAAUACUCUUACUAAAUCCGCUAUUAUUCAGAUUGAUGCAACACCUUUUAGACAAUGGUAUGAGUCGCACUAUGGACAAGUUGUUGGAAAACGGGCUCGAAAAUCUGAUUUAAAAGAUGUUGAACCUGUUAAAACUUCUGGUCAUGUACAGGCAAAAUUGCGUGCACGUGCAAAGUUUGCUAAAAUUGAAUCGGCACUUGAGACUCAGUUUAGCAAUGGACGGCUUUAUGCUUGUGUUAGCUCGCGGCCUGGGCAGUCUGGACGAUGCGAUGGUUAUAUUUUGGAAGGAGAAGAGUUGGCAUUUUAUUUAAAGCGGUUGUCAGUUAAAAAGCAUUCUUAG